AGUUGCGCCAGCCAGUACCGAGGUGACAAUGUGAGGGGGAGGAUGUGCGUGUCUGCCUCUCCCACACCUUAUACCCAAUACAAAUAGCGUCACACCCCACCACAGUGCGUGAGGGGUGGUGUGGUGUGUGGUGGAGUGUGGUAGACGUCGCAGCAUCUUCGUGGAGUGUACUGGUGGUGUUUUCUGGUGUUUUUUGCAGUACAGGAACGAGAAAGGUGUUUAUCUAUUAACCUGAGGAAAAGCCACGAUGGAGGAGACACUGUGAGAAAGAGAGAGAGUGAGAAAGAGAGAGAGAGAGAGAGACAAAAGAGAGCUAACUUACCCACUUCCUUCACCCCCUGCCACAAGAUGGACGAGCAGAGAGGGGGCCAGGGAGGGGAGAGGCAGGGGGAGGAUGGUGACGAAGGAGGGGGAGGGGGUGAGGAAGCAGGGGCAGGGAGGACACGCCCCCUGCCCCCUGCUCCGCCUUCUGUGGCCCUCGCUCCUGUGCCACCCUGCCGCCAUCUUUGUCCGCUCAGCCCCAGCAGGGCACUCCGGCAGCGUCACCAGGGCGGGGCGGAGGCAGCGGUAGUGGCGGCAGUGACGGGGCGCAGGUAACCUCAGAGCCGAGCAAGAGGAGGCGGCUUUGGGGACUCCGAGGACUGGUUAAGAUGUUUAGGAGGAGAGUAAGACGCCGUACUGGGGAGAACACUAGCCCGCCGCCGCCUCAACCCACACUCCGCGCUAGGUCCACUUCUGAGCUCGCUAUGGACAUCCAACACAGCAGGUCAGGGGGGCCGUACAACCAGGGCCUGAGUGUGUCCCAUGACUCUGUGUUUACUCCUGACGGGGCAGAACAUCACCAUCACCACCACGCCCACGCCACGCCGCCCUCGCUCACCAUAGCCACCAGAGGCGUCAACAUGGCGGAGCUGAAGGCGGCGCUAAGACAACGACGUGGGGACGACUCUGGCUCCGGGGAUGACGACCCUGGACUACCCCGCUCUCCCCCCACCUCCCCCACCACCCUGGAUGUCCUCACGCACGGCCUAAAGGGGUCUUCACGCGCCACUCAAAGCAGCUGCAGCGACGGCUCUCUUCUCUCCAUGGGCAGCUCUGAGAAUGAUGAGGACUCUCUAGGCGCCGCCUCCCACCACUCCUCUAGGGCGUCUCUGCUCGAAGGACGUCAUCAAGUUGUAGAGGAAGCGAAGAAGAUAGAAACAAGCAAAACUGACACAGCGAACGAGGAAGAACAAGAAAAUCAAAACAAAGACGAAGAAAAAGAAGAAGAAGAAGAAGGGAAGAAGAAGAAGAGGAAGAAGAAGAAGGAGUUGCGGAGAAGAAGAGGCGAUCCAACACGCUUCACCUUCGUUAGUGAUGCGAUAAUAGUUGGAAGAGAGCCAGUCAUUGAUGUAGAAGGCACGAAUGGGAAGGAAGAGGAAGAAGAGGAGGAGGAGGAGGAGGAAGAUCAUGAACCAGUAGCAGGGGCAGUACGAUUGAGUCACCAAGCAGCCCUCCAUAAGAUUGCAGUCAGGCCAAGGAGGACUCACGGUGCACCCAGAUCGAGGAGAGCCACGCAAAUUGGCGGGCAGAUCAGUCUUCCUGACGUGAUAGAGGAGGCCAACAGCAGACACCCCUCCGGUCCUCGCCCCUCCAGCACCCCACAACACCCCGCCGCCGCCACCCCCGCCCCAGCUCCCCCCACCCCUGUACCUUCUACUCAAGUUACCCCUGAAGAUGAUGUGAGCAUGGAGGAGAGCCCAGCAGUCAGGGAGCCCCAGAACAGCCCCGACACAGCCACACCAGAGCGCAAGGAGGAGCGGCGCGAGGAUCAGCCAUUGUUCCAGCGUCUGUUUGGCAGCACCAGCAAGCGCGCAGGACGCCGACACUCCCGUGGAAGUGGCGAGGAGAGCCGAGAGAACAGCGUCAGUCCAUUGCGGCGUGGCACGGAGCAGCGCGCAUCAAAGGACCGCCGCCACGAAACCUCCAGUCCAAGAUUCCUCAUUGGUAGCUCAAAACCCCGGCAGGAUGGACAUGCGCUGCCUCCCUCGGGACGCCCCAGGGACCCCAGCAAGGAGCGAGGCAGCAGGGAGGUUCCACAGUCGCCGGAGGAUGUGCAGGGUGGCGGUGUGGCUGCGAGUGCCUGGCCACAAGGGGUGAGGAAAGCCAAGAGUUUCCGGGAGGAGCAGGCGCCGGUGCAUCGCGAGGCACUCCGUCGCAAGGUGUCCUCUCACGCCACGGCUGAUGAGCAGAGCACCACGCCCACCAAGGCAUCCAGGUUGUCCUCCUCGCUGGAAAGCAUUGAUGGCGAUGACACAAGGAAGCCCACCCAGCGCUCCACCCCCACUGCCACACCCCCCACAGUAACCACGGCCUCCCCACAGCGCUCCUCCACAGAGUCCCUAACCACCACGCCUCUCCCUGGGGUGUUCAUACGGCCGUACCCCCAGCCAGGCCACCCCAGGGGACCGCCACACCCUAGCUCUGCAGACACCAGCUCAGGUCCCUUCUCCCUGGACUCCAGCCUCAACCAGCAGCCCAGGGAAGUGGAGGACCAGAUGAGGAAGGCUUCAAGUGUGGACCAGAUGACAGUGACUGAGACCACCACCACCACCACACACCACAGGGAGCACCACACCAGGGAAACGCUCACCAAGGAACAAGUGACGAAGGAGCAGCUGGCCAAGGAACACGCUGCCAGGGAACACAUCAUAGAGCAGCACAUCAAGGAGCAGCACAUGAAGGAACAACUCAACAAGGAACAACACAUCAGGGAGGAGCACACCAAGCACACCACCACCACCAAGACAUGCGAGGCCAAGCAGGCGGCGAUGGCAGCGGCAAAACAGUCACUCCUCGACACACUAGUGGAGUCAAUCAAGCCAGACCGCAAGACAGAGACCCCCAAAGCCACCCCUCGAAGGUCCCUGAGCCAGACGCAGCCACAGGUGUUACCCAAAGAGGAGCCGCCCCCAGGAACACCCCAGCAGGAACCAGAGGGUGAGCAGACACCUCCAAGAAGACCACUGAGGAGGGAGGCCAGUGUGAAGCGUCUCCCGGCACCCAUGAAUGAUUCCGAGAGUGUAGCAGUGCCGGAGUUCAUGCGUAUACAGCUGAACCGCGUCGAGAGCAAGGGCCAGUCUGUUAUCUAUGACACUGAGCAGGAGAAAGGUGGCAGGAAAGAAGAGGAGGAUGUCCCAAGGAAGGAUACAGGUUCUAUGGACAUCCCGAAGGACACACCAACAGAGCCUGACUUGAACCCCCUGAAGAAGGACAUGGCAGUGAAGGACGCACCAACUCCUGCAGCUGCCAAGGACGUCACAAGGAAGGCAAGCAUGCAAGGAUCCCGCCCUCUCCUGAAGGAUACUAGGGAUGUCUCUCCUUCAGGAGUGAUUGAUGGUGAAGGCAACACUGAAACACCAGAACAGGAGCGGGUGCAGCUGAGACGGCCGGUGGUGACUGACAGAACACCCACAGCCGAACGUUCCGCCGCUGCCGCCACCACCACUCCAAUAACCUCCAGGGACCAGCCGGAGCUCUUCAAGGUGUUUGCACGGCGGUCCUUCAAGAUCAAGGACUCGGAUAAGGAGCUGUUUGAGACGAGCAUUGAGGACACCGGUGUUGAGGCGUCCAGCGAGGUGUCUGAGAUGGUGGUGAGCUCAGUGCGGCCCUCCAGCACAUCACCGCGACCUCCCGUCAACACCUCACCAGCCACAGACGCACAGAAGAUCGGCAUAAACGCUAUUUCAUACAAUCGCAAAUCCGUCGGGAAUCCUGCAUUGUCCUUCAUGCCUCCCCCAGUCUCUUCGGCUAACGAACAGGUGAACAGACCACAGACCACUGCCACUACCCCUAAGACUCCCCCAACCACUGCCAGCACCACUAAAUCCCCCCAGACCACUGCCAGCACCUCCAAGUCCCCCCAGCCCAGCACCGACAGCAGUGCCACUCCUCCGACAGUGUACAGCAAGAUACUGAGCAACAGGAUGAGUGGCAGUGAGGUGAGCAGUGGCAAUGAGAGUGAGGGCAGUGUCUCCUCACCAGUGCCCAUCAGAGCCCCAGUCAAUCAACAAACCAAACCUGCCAUGGCUGCUAGACCAGGCUCAGCGAUUAUCUGGCCACCGAGACCUCAGGCAUCACAGGAGGACACAGCACCACCACAGCCCACCACAGCACCACAGGACACACCGCACAGGAAAUCCCUAGGGAGUGUGGACACGAAGGAGGCAUCGCAGGAUGGCAUUGAGGUGGAAGUCUCGCCGCUGGACAUAAGUGCCGCUAGGAGACGCUUCAUGAGUGCCAGCUACCCACCGGACCGCCCAGGCACCAGUCCAGCACUUGGCACAUCACCCCCCGCCCUCACCCCAUCCCCAGUCACCCCCUCCCCAUCACCACCAGCACCAACGCCAUCACCGCCAGCCCCAACACAUCCUCCCAUCUCCUCUAACAUCCUGUCAAGAGUGGGAAGCAUAAGCACAACAAAUCCAGCCACACCAUCCUUCACUGUCACCGUGCGAACUCAGCCCCCUGCCGACACUCCAGCCCCAUCCACAGCCCCUUCAGCCCCUCCCACAGGCGGGUCUCCGGGUGAGCAGGGGAAGGGUGACGCAGGGCAGGGCCAGCAGACAGCAGAGGACUGGAGGGUGUUGGUGAGGCAGCGCAGGGAAGGCAGACUCAAACACACCAAGACGCCGGACUCUGAAGAAAUUAUUAUCGAGUCAGUCAACAAAGCUCAUCUCACCACUCCUAACUUGGUCGCCCUCCACAGACACGUCCUCCAGUCUCCCGCAACAGUAAGGUCCUCGAGAUGGCCAGCAACUUCCAGAAGCUCCAGGUUGCCUAGCAGAGGGUGUGUCCCGGCCCCAAGCGGUAGUGUGGGGGUGUGGUGGUAGUGGUGGUGGUAGUGGUAGUGUGGUGAAGUGGUAGUGGUGGUGUGUUUGUCUACGCUAAGGUAAAAAUGCCACUCUUCUUUACUGUGUUGUUUUGAUUUGUUUGGUUGAGAGAGAGAGAGAGAGAGAGAAAGAGAGAGAGAGAGUGUGUUUUUUUGGUGCAUAUCUACUUUUCUGUAUUCAUUUUACUUUCUGUUUUAUUUUCAAAUCAUUCCUAAUUGAUCUUAUUUCAAUUUCAUAUUUUUCACUUUUUAUUCUAGCUUAGAUUUUUUUUUAUUGUUUUAGUGUUGUUUUAAUUUUUGGCCAUGGAAUUUAAAGAUGUUUCUCAUUUACUUGUCUUUUCAUGAUUAUUGUUGUGUGUUUUUGUAAUCGGAAUGUUUUUUCUUGUAUUUCAGAAAAUUUUUUGUAUAUUGGAAUAUUCUUCCUUUUUUUUAUAUCGUUCACAUUCUUAAUUUUGUUCACGUUCUUGUUCUUCAUUUGCUCGUUUCUCAUUCUCCCUCUUUUCUGACAUCCUUUCCUCUAUUUCUUGUUCUCUUUUGACCUCUCCAUCGUUCAUCCUUCUACUCUUGACCUGGUUCUCUUUCUUGCUCUCUGCUCUUAAUAUUGAUCCUGUUGCUCAUCUGUCUACCCUUCUCUUUAUUAUCAUGCAUCAGAGGAAUUCCAGAAAGUUUAUCGUUGACAUGUAUCGAAAACACAGUUACUUUCCCUCCACUUCCUGAGUUAACCGAACCAAACUAGAAGUAAAUGACUCGUGAAUGACAAUAAUGAGAAUAAUGGCUAUGUACUGACAAUAAACAGUAGUGAGAGAGAGAGAGAGAGAGAGAGAGAGAGAGAGAGAGAGAGAGAGAGAGAGAGAGAGAGAGAGAGAGAGAGAGAGAGAGAGAGAGACAAACAUACAUAAAAACACACACACACACACACACAAAACCUCCCAGAAAACACGAACAGACCAUUCAAAACACAACAAAAGAGAGAGAGAGAGAGAGAGAGAGAGAGAGAGAGAGAGAGAAACAAAACUGGAAAAACUAAACAGCAAACAACAGAAUAAACUGCAAAACCACUACACCAAUAACCACAACAUUUAACAACCCAACACAGUACAUGGACCCUUUGCUAACCUCAGUGUUCAGAGCCUCAGCUGAAUAACAGAAGGACAAGAGUGUGUAGCCAUAGAGUAGUGAGAGACGGCAUUAGGUCACAAAGUCAGUCAGAUCUGUUUGAUGUAGAUGGCAAGCAGUUACUGACAUGGUACUUUGGACAGGGAAGGAGUAGAGAAGAGUAGGAAGAAGUAGCGAUGGUUUAGGAGUGUAGUGAAGUAAGCAGGAAGGAGGAGUGACAGGGUAUUGGAUAGGGGAAGGAGUAGAGAAGAGUAGGAAAAGUAGUGAUGGUUUAGGAGUGUAGUGAAGUAAGCAGGAGGGAGGAGAAAGUGUGUGAGGAAGAGGUUACAAGGAAGAAGAAAUUGGGAGGGUGUAUGAAUGAAAGGAGUAAAUAGGAAGAAGUAGGGAGGAAUAAUGGAGUAGUAGAACCAAGUAAGAAGAGUGUACAAGUAUGAAAAGGAGUGAAAGAAGCACCAGCAAUCUUGUAUGAAGGAAUGAAACAGAAGAAAGAAGUAGAGAGAGUAUGAAUGGAAGAAAUAAAUAGAAAAAAAAGUAGGAAAGAGGAGAAGGAAUAUUUGAGUACUAAGACCAAGUAAGAAGAGUGUAUAAGUAUGAAAAGGAGCAAAAGAAACUAUAGCAAUAUUGUGUGAAGGAAUGAAGGAGGAAGAACAAGCAGGAAGAGUGUAUGAAUGAAAAAAAUAAAUAGUACGAAAGAGUAGAAGGAAUAUUUGAGUACUAAGACCAAGUAGGAAGAGUGUAUAAGGAGUGAAAGAACCUGUAGUAUGAAGGAAUGAAGCAGGAAGAACAAGUGUAUGAGUGUACUAAGGGAAGUUACUGUUUAAUCGCUUGUAUAUAUUAAUGUAAAUACAACCCCUGGAAAGUAUUGUGUAUGUUUAGGUCUUUUUCGCAUUGUUAGUACCAGAGUAGUAGAAUUAAAUGUUACAGGAGGGCAUGAAGAUUUAGGUCAAGUGGGGAGGGACUUUGUGAGAGUUUGGCAUGUUUGUGUGUGUACGUGUGUGUGUGUGCUUGUGUGUAGGAAGAAGUCAGUGUUUGUGUUGGAGUUCUGCAAUGUGUAGUGAUCAUUCUGCCUUACUAGAGAGGAAAACAUGGUGUAUUUGACUGCGUUGGGAGAAGGUAACCAGAUAAAGAGAUUUGUUAAGUUUGGAAUGAAAAAUAGAAACAUAUAAGAUUAAAGCAUUCAGUCCAUUUUACUCAGAGAUGCUGGUUGGUGUAUAUAACAAUAAGUGAUGGUGGUGUGUGGAAACCCAUUAAUUGGUGGGAUGGGGAAGGUAGAGAUUGAAGCGUCCAGUGUUUAUGUGAUUGGUGUUUACGAUGUGAUAAUGAGAGUACACGUUCCUAACCUGGCAUGUUAUAAAUUGUUCCUUAACCAUGUACAGAAGAACAGGAGAGUCGACUAACACUUCAGAGGAGAGUUGGAAUGAUGAGUGAUGUGAUAGAGAAAACUAACACACUGCUGUACUAAUCCUGGUGUGCUAAAGUGUUUCCUAGAUACGUGAGCCAGCCCAUUUGCAGGAAACCGUGUGGAGUGUGACAAUUGAGAAAAACAACAAGAAAAACAUCCCAUUCUUUUCCUUUUUUUUUUUUAUACCAUGUGGGCUUUUCACGAGAAUUUAUAGGCUAAAGGGGAUACUUUUUAGGGUACCUCCUAUCUUAAAGCCCACCCACUAGGAAACCGUUGCCCCGAGUGAGGAAGCCCAACCUACACUCAGACCAUGGACAGGAUUCAAACCCGUGCGCUUGGAGACCUCUAGGAUCCCAAAGCACACAUGGUUCCACUGUACCUGUUCUCAUUACUGGAUUUAUUCUAGAAAGUCAUUACUAAUCCUGGCAAAGUACUGAAGUGUUUCCUAGAUGCACAAGGCAAGUCAUAUGGAAAAAACAACCAUUUAUUUUCUUGAGCUUAUAAUGCAUCAAAUUUAUCAUGGAAACUUUCUCAUUGCCUUGGGUCAAAAGCAGAAUUAUUCCCUUCUCUUCUAAUUUUCUCUAAGUGUUUCCUAGAUGCACAAGGCAAGUCAUAUGAAAUACUAUUAGUUAUGUGGCAUUGCAACAGAAAACACAGCCCUUUAUUUUUCUUGGUCUUAUAAUACAUCAAAUUUAUUGUAGAAACUUUGUCAUUGCCUUGGAUCAGAAACAGAAUUAUUCCCUUCUCUUCUAGUUCAUCUAAGUUAAUUGAGCUACAACCUAAUGCCCCAUCAGUGACAACAAUGAGAAACAGGUCACAAGGAGAAGCAACCACUAAGAAUCAUACCAAGAAACAUGAAGAGUCAAAAUUGAUAAAAAUGAUAAAGAUGCAUAUGAGAGAGAGACUAUGGUGCUAAAAUGGUGGAUAAACUAGACUUUGUAAUGACGUUAGUGCUUUAAGACAAGUCAGAUAGAAGAAUUGCACUAUUUUCCCUAUGGUUUGACAUAUACGUGAUGUUUUACCAAUUGUCACACUCCUCUGCUGUUCCUGUAUGUGUGGUGCAGAACGUGUAUUCCUAAGACAAUGGUGAGGUUGUCUGCAGCAUCCCAUGAGCAUUACAUUGUGAUAAUACCGUAUGGCUAGACUUCAGCAGAGGGAUUACUACAAAACCAUCUCUCAGCUGUGUGGAGAAGGCAAGACGGAGAAGCAAUGAUGGAAAACCUGCGUGUGUGCUGUGAUAAUUUACGAUACGGUAAUAAUAUAAAUACAAUUGCUUAACUCUACGACUAAAAACAAAACCUUAAUGUUGAUUCCUACCAAAAUGAAGUGUCUUGGGAAGAAAUAAUUGUAUGUACAGAUUGGUGUGUGAUAUAAGGUUAAGGAAGAUAAGGGUAAAGUUAAGAGUAUGUACUGUAAGAGUGACAAUGGUAAGAGUGAGGAGGUAAAAGUAUCAUGAAAUUAUUAAGAGGGAGAAAUUAAAGAGAUCGUAAGACUGGUAGUGACAAAAAUGAGGAAAUAAUAAUGAUAAUAGGAAAACCAGCACGUUGAAAGAAAGACGAUGAUAGAAAAUGAGAAUAUAAGAGAACUGUAAAAAAAAUAAUAACAAGAAUAAGGAAAAUUGAGACUCAUAAAUUGGACAAUGAAGAAAAAAAAUGAGAAAACCAGAAUAUUGUAUCAACAACAAAAAACAUAAAUAAGAAAGUAAAAAAAAAAAAAAAAAUCACAAAAUCACAACAAUUAAGGUUAACAAAAAAUAAAGAUAAAUAAAUAAAUAAAACAGAAAACCAUACAUUACAAAACAAAAACAAAGCAAGCACUAAAUCACGCUUUACGAAACCAAACGCCAAAAUUCCUACAGGGAUACGUUUUGCAGAGUUUGGAUUCUUUAGAGGAGAUUUGCAUAGACGUUUGAAUCCCCCCAUGUACGUUUUUCCAGGUUUUUUGUGCCUGUGUGGUUUGAGACAUACAGUCCCCUUAGUGCUUUACGAUACAGUGGGUAAUACAUGUGACGUUUUUUAGUAUUUUUAUAGCAUUGCGUUUUACUCGGUCUCCCUCAGUGUGUAAAUCUUUCAGCCAUGCGUUGUUUGUAUUUUUUACGCGAGUUUUUUACCGAUUGCAUUGUGUGUGUAACCAGUUAGUUGUCCUCUCUCUAGAAGGUAUUGUAGCUUUUUUUAUUAGUGUUUUUUAUUCUUUUUUUUUUAAUUAGGAUGAUGGGAAAAUUCAUAGUGUGUGUGUGUGUGUGUGUGUGUGUGUGUGUGUGUGUGUGUGUGUUUUAUUAAAAUUUCUAGUUUUUGACAGAGGAAGGAGGGAAAAAACUAAGUGAAAAGGAUAAAAGCAGAGAGAGAGAGAGAGCGAGAGCAUGUAUCUGUGUGUGUGUGUGUGUGUGGGUGUGUGUUUGUAAAGUAAGACAAAGAAUAAGUCCGUUUGUUUGCGUUUGUUUACUUGGUGAGUUCCUAGAGAAAUCUACAACUCGAGGCAUUGUUUUCUCCACCGCCCAAAGGUCCAUUGCUUUAAGAAGACUCUCAGUUGACUAACCCAGACACAGCUAGAGGGAUGCACAGACUAAAUGUACUUAAGUCCUAACGUUUUCUUGGUUUUGUGGUAAAAUUUUCCACUUAAUAAGGAAAAAGAGACAUUGUAGAGAGAAAAAGGGAAAGUCUGUAGGUGUUUUAGAUGAAAUAGUAGUUCCUUUUAAUUUUUUAUUGGAACUUAGUUUAUUUUUAAUUGAAGUGAUGUAUAAUGGUUAUUUACAAUUUUUUGUAUUAUUUAUUGCUUUUAUUGAUUGAAAAGAUGAAGAUAUUUAGAUUUUUUUUUUUAGCAUUUUGUUCUUACUAGUAUUGUUUAUUUUACUCUAUUAUUAUUCAUUUAUUCAUUGUGUGUAUGUACGUUUGUAGCCUGUGUAUACGUUAUCUCAUCCAUCAAUACGUACAAUACAUACGUUAUUUUUUUAUCUAUUAAUUUUUUUUUUUCUUAAUUUUUCUAAGCCAUAAUUUAUUUUUUAAUCUGUGUUUUGCCUCCAUCAUUAUGUUCUGCUGUUGUUGCUGUGUAUAUGUCAACACGUGCGCUGCGCUGCGACAGUCUGCAUAAUUACGGUGUUUGUUGAUCUAGUCCACUGUUCAUGUCCUGUUUGUUCGCCUGUUUGUUUGAUUCUGUGCACGAUUUUCCUUCACACAUAUCCACGCCAGUAAUUGUAAGUGCAGUGUUCUUUUCAUUAUUCAUUUUUAGCUUUUCCAUAUUCUAAGCUUUAAUUUCUAAGUGUGUUUAGUCUUUAGUAGUUUUUUUACAUUUUUUCUUCACUUAGAGAUGAUUUUUUUCUGUUUUCUAGUACAUUUUUCUUCAUUAUUCUGUCUUUUUUUUUCUAAUGCAUUUUUAACAGGAAUUUGUUUAUCCUAUUUUAUUCAUCAUCAUUAUUUUUCAUCCAUGCAUUGAAAUUCCAAACACUAAUGUUUAAACAGGCAUUCAUUUUAGCAAUACUAUUCAUUAUUAGUACUUCCAUACAUGCAGUAUAGUACUUAUCUUAAACUUGCAUUAUUUCAUCAUUAUUAUUUGCUUACAUUUCUUACUUUUCUAAUGAGCUCAAAAUUUCAAGCAGGCAUUUUAUAGCAUUUUUUUUCAAUGUCAUUAUUUUCCACACAUAGAGUCAGUGAUGCUGAUGUGGUGUCAAUAAACGAUAAUGAUGACAAUAACAGUGAUUUAAAGGUAUAUAAAAACUCACUAUUUCCAAAAGAACACAAUGUAACAAUCUUCUUUAUUCUACAACACAAAAUCUUUCCUCCCAUCCAUAUCUAGUAAAUUCAAACUGUAGUGACUUGAAACAUGAAGACCCUCAAAACAACUGUAUUAGAGCCUCAAGAUGCUGUAGUCACAAGCUCAAUAUUCAAUCCUUUAACAUGACUCAGUAAUUGCUAAACACAUUUUACUUCCUCUGAGAAACCUAAGAUGGCAAUGUAUCCAAAGUAUUCUACAUAAAAGCACUGAGAGCUUUAAAUUAGUUACUUAUUUAAUGUGAUUCAAAGCUACACUGUGAGAUUGCUUGAGGGGAAGUGAUACCAGUCUUUUAUAAGGGAACUAUUCACUUCACCUGGAGUUCAGUUCUUAUUCCUUGCACCUCCAGUGACUAUCUUCCAUUCCUCUCUUUCAGUUUCCUCUUUGGUGUUCCAGAUAGGGAGGCAUAACACUGGGAUACACUUGGGUCUUUUUGGUUCAAGUCACUACGGAGCUUCAUAAUAAAGUGCCUAGGAUUUAAAAAGAUUACGGAUUCGCCUCAAGUAUAAUGAUAUUGUGAUCGGGUACCAUGUGGUGUUAUUGGGCAGGGAAUUGGGUUAACUUGUACAGAACCAGAUAAAGGAGAUAAGUAUGUACCUACUGCUUGUUAUUGUUGAUGCGCUGAGAGGUAAAUUUACCAUUAUUAUAUAUACAGUAUAUGCAAAAUAAUUUAUCUAUUCUUGAGUGUGUUGGAGCAUGUGAGAUAAAUGUUACUGUGAACGUUGUCGUGAGAAAAUGUAAUUGUAAAGUUUAAAAUGAAUUACUAAAGUUAUGAGAAAAAUGUAAUUCAGGAAGUUGAGGAUUAAUCACUCAUGAGAUCAAUAAAUUAAUUAGGAGUUCAUGAUUACAGAGAUUAUUAGAAAAAAAUGUAAUCCAAAAGAAAUUAUGAAUGAAAUAAAAAGGAAAAAUGUAAUUAAGGGAUAUAGUAAAAACUAAUGAAAAAAAAAAUCUGGAGCUAUUGAUUAGUGUAAUUGAGGAAGCAAAUUAGUUACUAGAGAAAACUUGUCAUGAAGAGAAUAACAGUCAGGUUAUAAUCAACUAUAAAGGUUAUGAGAAAAUCAUGUAAUUGUAGAGAAAAGGAAAAGUAAGUAAAAGUUGAUCAUUUCAUUACUUUUUAACUGAAGUGUGUAUGAUGGAAAAGUUGUGUUAAGAAUUAUAGAGUCUAUGAGGAAAACAAUACUAGAUAGCUUAUAAGUUGCAGUAAGAAUGAAUCAAUUGCUACAACCUGUUUGACUACAAUGAUGUGCCUUGUUGACGCUUGUACAUAACCGACCUCCACCCUGGGUAUAGCAGUGGUCAUGUCUGUAUAGUAGUGAUGCACCCUGUGUUAUAUACAUACAUAUAUAAAAUAUAAUAUAUCAAUAAAAACUAAGUGAUUUA